AUGGAUAGAACUUUACCCUCUCUAAAUAAAGCUGCCUCUCAAGUUGAAUAUGUUGAUUAUGAUAGCCCAGUGUGGGCAUUGCAAUCGACCCCAAAUACCUUUACAAUCUCGCCCCUUAAGAAUGUUAAGUUUUAAAAAUCUCUUAUUAUCGAUAAGAAUUCAGUAAAGAUCUAAGAGCAUGAUGUGGUUGUGAGAUAAGAUGCAGACUGGACUCUGGAAAUUCAAGGGUUCUUAGGUAUAAUAAACAUUCUCGGACUUGAACACUUGAUGGUAAUUACUGGAAAGGAGGAGAUCUGCAGAAUCAAACAUAGAUUUUAAAUCUACAAAGAUGAACCCACAUCAAUCUAUGAGUUGCAGGAUAUUGAUAUCAUCCCAUUUUAUGGAGUCAAUAAUAAUCAUCUCGAGAAUUCACUUAAAAGCAUCCGCGAAGGCAUUAAAAGAUACAUGGAGGCAGGGUUUUAUUUCUCAUAUAACUUUGACUUGACAUUAAGUGCAUAAAAAAGAGAUAAGCUCUACUUUCUAAGUGAUGGGUAGGAUCUGAAAAGUUUUGAUCCCUUGAGUUAGUAGGAUUAUAGAUAUGUGUGGAAUUACAAUCUUAAUAAGCAAAUGAGGACAUAGCAUAUAUCUUAAUACUGGACUAUUCCAAUUAUACAAGGAUUUGUGGGAUAAUCAGAGAUUAAUGAUAUCGAGCUGAUUUUGUUAUCGAGAAGAAGGUGGAUUGGCGGUGGAAGUAAAAAUCACUGCAGAGGCUUAGAUGAAGAAGGUAAUACUGCAUGUAGUGUUGAAACUGAAUAGUUGAUAUUCUAUAAAGUCUAAAAAGAUAAGACCGUUCGUUUUUUCACUACUUCUUACGUUUAGCUUAGAGCAACAGCACCACUAUUCUGGCAAUAGCUAACAGGAAAGCCAAAUAUGAUGAGAAGUGUUGAAUCAACUCUAGAAAUAUUCACUAAACAUGUGAUGAAAGUAUGUGAGGACUAUGAAGUAGAUAAAUUCUUAGCAUUAAACUUACAAAGCUAAUCUUAAGCCUUCGAGGACGAAUUAACUUAGCAUUACAAGAAAAUUAUUGAUGAAACAGCACCUACCAUUAGUAAAUAGGGCAAAAAGAUAGACUAUGACCACUUUGACUACGCUCAUCAUUGCAAAAAGAACACUUCUGUGCUAGACACUUAUAUCAAUGACAUGCUUAAGAACAAAUAUCUAGACAGUAUUGACUGCUAUACAGAGAAGCACUCUAUCUACUACGAGAAUGAUCAAAUAGUAAGAGAGUCUAGAUCAAUUUUGAAACUUCAAAAAGGCUUAGUCAGGACAAACUGCCUUGAUUGCUCUGAUAAGUCUAAUGUCGUCUAAAUGAAGUUAUGCUAUGUCAGUAUUAUACCUUACCUAAAGCAAACCGAUCCCAAGAUAGAGCAAGUCUUUACCACCCUUUGGUAACUCAAUGGUGAAUAUCUUUCCAAAUAAUACACAGGCUAAUCUCCUUAGCUUAAUUAAAUCCUUUCAAGAGAUCAUCUAAUGAUCUUACUAAACAUUGGUAAUAUGGGGCCAAGACGAAUGCUCCGACAGAAUUUAUCUGAUGAAUAUAGACAGGAGUGCUUUUUAAUAUUUCAAGGAUCACAUGAGCUUUGCAAUACCAUUCCAUCAACUUUUAUUGAGUCAACUAUUAUUAAGGAAAUAAAAUCCUACACUGAAGAGUAGAAAGUUGUAUUACACAUCACUACAAUUAACUGUGCAGGUAGAUUACCUUCAAGCUAUAAAGAGUUAAUACCUAUUUUCAAGCCUCAAAUAGAUGGAGUCUUCCCAGAUAUUAUGGUCAUUGGCCUCCAAGAAAUCGUCAAAUUGAAUGCAUUUGGUAUUUUUAAAGGAAAGAACAAGACUAGAAUGAAUGAGUGGGAGCAAUUACUUAGAUCUGCUAUUGAAGUGGCAAGUAAUACCAAGGACCCUAUGGAAAGAUAUGUUUGGGUUAUCGCUAAAUCCAUGGUUGGUUGUUUUAUUGGACUAUUCGUUAAAAGGAAACUUCUUGAGCACAAUAGAAUUAAGGAUCUAAUGGCUACAAAGAUAAAAACCGGACUUGGUGGAAGUGCAGGAAAUAAGGGGGCAGUCAUUGUGAGGUUUAAGCUCGAUGACACUAAUAUGAUGUUCUUAAACUGUCACUUAAUGAGUGGCAAAGGCAAGGGAUCUAAAAGAACUGAUGAAAUUAACUUUAUAUUUGACAAUGCCUUCAAGACCGAAUCAAAGAGUAGAAGAUUGGGAUUUGAACAUCAUGAUAUGGUAUUCUUAUUUGGAGAUUUGAAUUACAGAAUAGCUGCUACCAAUGAUCUCGUUAGACCAGCUGUCAAGAAGUUAGACUACAGAUUCCUUAAAGCUAAUGAUGAGCUUAUGCAGGCAUUUGAACUAUACAGACAUUCAAAGGAUAUGCAGUAUAGAUUCUACAGAGAUUUCAUUGAGGGCAAUAUCGAUUUCCCGCCAACUUACAAAUUUGAUAAAAAGUCUAAUGAAUAUGAUAGCAGUAAAAAGCAAAGAGUACCAGCUUGGUGCGAUCGUAUACUGUGGAAGAGAAACUCUAAAGUUAAUUAACAAAUCCUAAAAUCGAUCCAAGAUAUUCUAUUCUCUGAUCAUAGACCUGUAUUCGCUUAAUUCGAGAUAUAUUCAAGCAAAAUUAAUCACGAGAAAGUUGAGUAGGUUGAAGAAUAGCUCUUUGAAAAUACGAGAUUCCAAAGUCUUUAUGUAUUUGGAAAACAAAAAUCAAUGCCAAUCCCUUAAGUUGAUGUCAAUGAUACAUAAUUAACUAAAGAACAAGCAGAUGACUAAAACCCUAUUGAUAUGUCUUAGCCUGAAGUCAAUCUAGACAAGAGUCUGAGUAAAAACAGUAAAAGUGAGCCAGAGAAAUAAUAUGACUAGAUUGUGAUUGAAAAAGCUGAUAACCUUGUUCCUUUGAUAGAGGAAAAUGAUGAUGACGAUGAUGCAGAGGAGAGUCCGUAAUAACAAGAGAAAAAGGUUUAAUAAGUCGAAAACCCCAAAGGAGAUGUGGAUGAUGAUCACUCAGGAGAGUCAGGAGAGUCAAAUGAUGAUGAUAGUCAAAAUAAAGGCACUGCUGAUAGCAAUAAUGUCGAUCAAAUAAAACAGGAAUAGAUACAAAAUGAAGAACAAAAGUAAUAAUGA